AUGCUCACCAACGAGAUCCUUCCAUUACUUGUGCAGUAUUGGCCUUUGAUUCUCGCCUCCCUCACAGCAGCAUACCUGCUGAACAAUCAGUACUGGAAAGGUCUGAACAAGUACCCAGGGCACCCGUUGGCUGGAUGGAGUAACUGGUGGCGAGUAUGGGAUGUCAAGAAGAGGAACCAUCAAUGGACCACGAUAGCUCUUCAUCGCAAACACGGAGACAUCGUGCGGUUAGGGCCGAAUGUGCUUUCUUUUGCAGACCCUAAAGCGAUCAAGCAGAUCUAUGGAUUAAACAAGGGCGUUGUUAAGUCCGACUUCUACCCCGUGCAAGGCGCUAUUGCGAAAGGUCGGCUUCUACUCUCACUUUUCUCCACCACUGAUGAGGACUUCCACGCAAAAUACCGUCGAUGUGUCAACAAUGCUUUCGCUAUGAGCUCGCUCGUCAACUACGAGCCACUCGUGACCUCGACUCUAACCUAUUGGCUGGAUAGAACGGAAGAGUUGUAUGCCUCGACGGGCAAAAGCUGCAACUUCAGCCAGUGGUUACAGUUUUUUGCUUUUGAUGUCGUAGGAGAAUUGACCUGGAGCAAACGUCUAGGGUUCGUCCAAAACAAUGGUGAUGUCGACAACAUCGUCAAAUUCUUGGAACAGUUCCUUGACUAUGUUGCACCAAUUGGCCAAAUGCCCAUCCUAGAUACAUUCUUAUGGAAAAACCCCAUCCUUCUCCUCGCCCAGCGCAUUGGUCUCGACAAGCGCAUGCAUCCUGUCACCCAGUUCGUGAUCACACGAUCCAAGGAGCGAGCCCAGCAAGUUGAAAAGAUCAAGCGAUUCGGUCUUUCAGACGACGAGAAGGCGAACCCCCGUGGUAUCGACCUCCUCUCGAAGUUUGCACAAGCCAGCCAUGACCAUGAGUUCAUGGACGACAAUCGCAUUCUUUCCACGUGCGCAUCCAUGGUUUUCGCCGGCUCAGAAACAACUGCUAUCUCGCUCUCUACCGUCUUCUACAUGCUUCUCAAGCACCCUCGCGUCUACCAAAAACUCAUGCAAGAACUCGACACUGCCGUCGCCGAAGGCGCCAUUGAAGAUCGCGCCGACAAGACCGUCUCAUGGCCCGAGGCUCAAAAACUUUCUUAUCUGGACGCAGUCAUCCAGGAAUCGUUCCGUAUUCACCCCGCUCCCGGCCUUAUUCUCGAACGCGUAGUUCCUCCGCAAGGCAUGCAGAUCUGUGAUGAAUUCAUCCCCGGCGGCACAAUCGUCGGAUGCAAUGCAUGGGUUCUGCAUCGCCGCCCCGAAGUCUUUGGCGUAGACGUUGACACGUUCCGUCCUGAGCGCUGGAUCGACGCCUCGCCGGAAAAUCUCAAGGAAAUGAAGGGUACAAUGCUGCAGUUUGGUGCGGGCGCUAGGACAUGCAUUGGCAAGAAUGUUAGCUUGUUGGAACUGUAUAAGCUUGUUCCGAGCUUUUUGAGGAGAUUCGAGAUUGAGCUGGAGCAUCCUGGCGCAGAGUGGCAAACUCAUAACGCGUGGUUUGUCGGGCAGAGAAAUUUUAACACUCGGUUCAGGCCACGGAGGGCUUAG